GCCAUCCCAUAGUUUCAAACAACCUUUCAUAAUUCUUGAAACCCUCCUUCGAUUAAUGGGGACUUCAGAUUUCGAGAGACAUCCAUUAUGUUUGUUCUUCUUUCUCGUAUUCAUCUGUCCAUUCUCACGAGCAGAAGACGACGAUGUUUACAUCGUUCAUAUGGAUCUAUCAGAAAUGCCAAAGGCUUUCUCCUCGCAACACAGUUGGUACAUGUCCACUCUUGCGUCCAUUUCAUCAGCCUCCGACCAUCUCUAUACGUAUAAUCGCGUCCUCAGAGGAUUCAGCGCCGUUUUGUCGCCGAGCGGGCUUCGUUCUCUUGAAACCUCGCCUGGUUUCGUCUAUGCCACGAGAGACAAGCCCGUGAAGCUAGACACCACUCACUCAUUCGAGUUUCUAGGGCUUAGCCCUGGUUCCGGCGCGUGGGCCAUAACCGAUUUCGGGAAAGGCGUGAUCAUCGGGGUCGUGGACUCGGGACUUUGGCCCGAGAGCAAGAGCUUCGCCGAGGAUGGCAUGGGCACGAUUCCGUCAAAAUGGAAGGGCGAAUGCGAAGAGGGCACGCAAUUUAACUCUUCCUUGUGCAACAAGAAACUCAUCGGUGCGAGGUCUUUCAGCAGAGGUUUAGUCGCACAUGUGCCUAACGUCACCAUAUCCAUGAACUCUACCCGUGACACCGAGGGUCACGGGACCCAUACCUCAUCGACUGCGGCCGGGAACUUCGUAGAAGACGUAUCCUUCUUUGGUUACGCCUCGGGCACGGCGAGAGGGAUGGCUCCUCGUGCCCAUGUGGCAAUGUACAAGGUCGGGUUUGCAGAAGGAACCUACCAGUCUGAUAUUAUAGCCGCCGUUGACAAAGCAGUGGAAGAUGGGUGUGAUGUAAUCUCAUUAUCACUUGGGCUUACCGGUGCAGCGUUAUAUGAUGAUCCAGUGGCUAUAGCCACGUUCGGUGCCGUGCGCGAAGGCGUUUUUGUUUCGACUUCUGCAGGAAACGAAGGCCCUUUUGAUGGAACUCUUCACAACGGUACGCCUUGGGUUCUAACCGUGGCUGCAGGAACGGUGGAUCGCGAAUUCCACGCUACAUUAGACCUGGAAAACGGUGUCUCGGUCACAGGACAAUCUAUGUACAUCGGAGAUUUUCUGUAUUCUGACAAGUUCAUCCCUAUUGUUCUUCUGGAGUAUUGUAAUAACUCGAAGCUCAUCAAUGCAACCGCAAAGUCCAAGAUCGUUGUGUGUGAAAGCAUGGAUGAUAGCCUUAGCCGACAAGUUUUCAGUGUCAGAGAUUCCAAUGUCGCUGGAGCCGUUUUCAUAUCCAACGCCACCAACACCAUCAGAUUCUUCGUUCAAUCACCGUUUCCUGCAAUAUUCCUAGGCCCGCAAGAGGGUUACAAACUCAAGAACUCGAUCAAAAACCCCGAAACCGCACCGAGAGCAAGAAUGGAGUUCAAGAAAACGGUUCUUGGGACUAAACCCGCGCCAAGAAUCGCGAGUUACAGUUCUCGUGGUCCUUCUCCUUCGUGCCCACAUGUUCUAAAACCUGACAUUACAGCCCCUGGAGACUUGAUCUUAGCGGCUUGGCCCGACAAAAUAUCGGUGAACGACGAUGAUGAUCCUCCCGGUAACUUGUUCAGCAAGUUUAACAUGAUCUCAGGAACAUCCAUGGCGUGUCCCCACGCGGCAGGAGUAGCGGCUCUGGUUAGAGCUGCUCACCCGGACUGGAGCCCCGAAGCAAUCAGAUCAGCCAUCAUGACGUCAUCUGACGCGACUGACAACUCAGGAAAUCCAAUUGGAGACUUGGGAAGUGACGAUAACGGCGAUAACUUCCUCCCGGCGACGCCACUGGCCAUGGGAGCAGGGCACAUUAACCCGAACCGUGCCUUGAAACCCGGUCUAGUCUACGACGCAACGACUCAAGAUUACAUCAACCUGAUGUGUGCGAUGAAUUUGACCCCUAAACAGAUCAAUGUCGUCACAGGAUCAUCAUCUCCAGACUGUUCUUCGCCGUCUCUUGAUCUCAAUUACCCGUCUUUCAUAGCGUUUUUCGACGGGAACAACACGAAGAAGACGGAGGAUUCCUCGGUUGAAAAAGUGUUCAAGAGGACGGUGACGAACGUGGGUGAAGGAGCGGCAAGGUACGAGGCGAAAGUGACGGCCAUUGAAGGGUUUAAGGUGGAGGUUAAGCCUGAGAAAUUGGUUUUUGCGGAGAAGAAGGAGAAGAAGAGCUUUGAAGUGAGAAUCGAAGGGCCAAGAUUCAUGGAAGUGGAUAAGUUGUUUGGGUUUCUGAUUUGGGAAGACGAAGAAGGUAAGUAUAUGGUGAGGAGCCCAAUUGUGGUUACGCGGUUAAGUCCUGAUCUGUUGGAAAAUUAGAUUAUAAAAAAAUUAAUUAAGUUAAUUGUGAUUAAUUACGAAUGUGAAAUAUAUAUGCCACAUAAAUACUUUGGCCAUAUGAAUAAAAAUCUAACCAUGGGUUAUCAAUUGUCGUA